AUGAUUAAAAAUUUAGAGAGAGAAUGAUGAGAGAGAGAGGAAUUCUUGCACAAAAUGAGCUUCAAAAUUGAACCUCCAAACGUCGAAUCCGGGAAUUCAAAUCAUCAAUAGCCAUCGUGCUUGCCUUCAUUUUGUCUCCACCAUUUUCAUUCCGUAAACCCACCAACAAAAUAUAUAAAGAUGUCGUUUUUAUCUCUCGAUUCGAGUCAAAAUCUCGGCACCAAACCACAAUAGCGACUUGGAUGUUUAUUGGGCCUAUCUUCUUAUGUCGUCUUCUUUUACCUUUCUUCAAAGCCACACUCUAUGAUCAACGUUGAACGACAAACUCAUUGUGGGUUGUCCCUCAUUUUUACUUCUUGAUUAACACUGCCUCUUUUGCGUCUUCCCUGUUUGUAGAAUUGCCUCAAAGAGACUUCAGAAUUGUGGGAGGAUAGGAACUUUGUAUCUACUAUUUUAGUCACUCCUUCACGGAGACAAUGACGGCAGCUGCCUCCAUGCCGUUUCCUCGUGGGCCGGCCAAUUAUGAUGAGGUUUCUAUGCAGCAGAGCAUGCUCUUCUCUGAUAGUUUGAAGGACUUGAAGAAUCUUCGGAAACAACUGUAUUCAGCAGCAGAAUACUUUGAGUUGUCUUACUCUAAUGACAACCAAAAGCAUGUAGUGGUGAAUUCGUUGAAAGACUAUGCCAUUAAAGCUCUUGUCAACACUGUAGACCAUUUGGGUUCUGUGACCUAUAAGGUCAAUGACCUGUUGGAUGAGAACAUCGAUGAAGUUUCAGGAACUGAGCUUCGUGUAUCUUGCCUUGAGCAGAGACUGCGGACAUGCCACGAUUAUAUCAACCGUGAAGGUCUUUCGCAGCAGUCGUUGGUGAUAAACACUCCCAAUUACCACAAACGAUACAUCUUGCCUGUGGGACAGACAAUGGAUGGAGGUUUACGUACCAAAUCAAAGUACGAAGGUUGCAGCGUAGACGAAGGUGAUGGAUGGCAUCAAUUUAGGAGUGCUAUUCGAGCUACAAUAAAUGAAGCUCCACCAUCUAUAUCCAGUAAAGGGCGCUCUCCAUCACCUACUCCGAGACUUGUGCAGCAGCCAGGAAACUUCGCCUUCUCUAAGAGCAUGCCCAAGAAAGAUCUAGAGAGGAGAACAGAGUCGCCUCGCCGGUUUCCACUUCUACGUUCUGGCUCCCUCUCCAGUAAGCCUUCCACUCCAAAAAGCUCGCGCCCAACCACUCCAAAUAAGAGCCGUCCGACCACCCCAAAUCCAGCUUUGGGAAGACAACCGGUUAUCUCCGAGCCUCGGAAAUCGGCUUCGAUGCGGAUUCGGGUUGGUAAAGAGAGCCCAAAGGAGUUCGAGCAAAUCCCCAGCAAAAGCAAACGGUUGCUCAAAGCUUUGCUCAGUCGACGCAAGUCGAAGAAAGAUGAUACAUUAUAUACUUAUUUGGAUGAAUACUGAUGGAAAUGAAUGGGAGAUUGAAAAGAGUUUGUACCAUUUUGUUUCCUCUUUAGUAUUCAGUUUUAUAUCAUCAUUUCAGUGUAAUUGUUAGAAACAUAUUUAUUAAUAUUAAUAAAUGCCAAUUUUACAA